AUGACAGAGGAAGCAUCCACAUCAUUACAGGAUUCUUCUCAGCUCUCCAUCCAGCCAAUUGAUGGGAACGGGCUGAGCGAGAUAGCCGAUAAGCAGGAGAAGGAUGUGUGUAUUUUGGAUUGUCGCCAGCAGGGCUCUUCCCUGAAGAAUGCCACCAAAGUGCAACUCCCCCACGUGCUCCUCCGCCGUCUCCAAAGUGGUCGUCUUCCCCUCUCCAAUCUCUCGCCAAAGCUCUGUGAAGAUGGCGAGGGCGAGACACAGAUUGUUGUCAUUCCUGAACCGGAAGCCCCGGCCGGAUCUCAGACGGCCAUCCUCAUCAACGCACUCACCAAGCAGCAGGCCAAUCGCCAGAUAUUUCUCUUUACUGAAGACGUGGAAAUGACCCUCUCGCGCCAUCCAUCACUCCGUGCCCCACAACCAACACCAACUGAGGGAAUUGAUGGAGUGAAGACACCGGCUGAUGAACCCAUGAAUUUGUCUUUUUUGAGAUUCGACGCGCUCCGAAUCAAGGACCUCGCCGGAUCCAGUAUCAAUAUUACGCCACGAUCGAAGACGAAUGAUAAGAGACAGAUAUUCCCAGUUCAAAUCCUCCCCUACCUCUACCUGGGCGACGCGAAGACGGCCGGCAACAAGGAGCUCCUCGACAGCUACGGUAUCCACUACGUGGUGAACGUGACGUCGAAUCUGGAGAACUUCUUCGAGGACGACAAACGUUUCCGCUAUCUGCGCAUUCCGGUCGAUGACAACGCCUCGUUCAAUUUGAUCCAAUUCUUCCCAGAAGCGAUCUCGUUCAUCGAGGAGGCCGAGCGGGAGCGUGAGGGAUGUCUGGUGCAUUGUCUGGCGGGCAUCUCUCGCUCUGUCACCAUUUGUCUCGCAUUCUUGAUGUUCACCAGGAAAUGCACCCUGGAAGAGGCGUACGACGUCGUGCUGGGCCAGAAUGCCAGCAUUGCCCCCAAUUUCCACUUUAUGGGCCAGCUGAACGAUUAUGAACAUUUGCUCGGCAUCCAGAAAUCAGCCCCUCCACCUCACAGCCCCUCCUGCAGUGCCGAACAGGGUCCCCUCCACUGUCUCACCCCUCCCGCAUCUUCCAAGAAAAACGACAAGGGACUUUUCUAU